AUGGCUAUUACAGAAGUGGUUUCGAUCGUUACAGGGACAAUAGGGACGAUAUUAUGGUGUAUACAGUUAAUCCCUCAAAUCAUUUACAACUAUAGAAAUAAGAACUGUGAGGGUUUGCCUCCGCUUAUGAUGUUCCUGUGGGCUGCUAGUGGCAUCCCAUUCGCAAUUUAUUUCAUAGUCAGGGACUCUUAUAUUCCAAUGCAGGUCCAGCCUGUUCUAUUUUCGGCAUUAUGUGCAAUAUCAUGGAUUCAAACGUUGUAUUAUCCUCCUUCACAGCUGAAAAUAGUCAAAAUUGUAUCGUUGGUGUCUGUGUUUCUCGUUAUCGCUUUAGGUAUGAUGAUGGGUUUUAUAAUGUGGCUAAGACCUUUGUACAUUGAUGAGAACUUGGAAUGGCCCUCCUUGAUUUUCGGAAUUUUGGCCUCUAUAAUGCUACUAGCUGGACUUGUUCCCCCCUAUAUUGAGUUGGCCAAACGGAAAGGUCGAGUUUUGGGUAUUAACUUUGUGUUCCUUUCUAUGGAUAGUGCAGGGGCUGCGUUCUCUAUGAUAAGUGUUCUUGUGGACAAGAUUGAUAUAAUGGGUGCCAUUUUAUAUGCUGUAGUGUUGAUCAUGGAGUUGGGUAUUUUUACGAGUCACAUUAUGUGGUGGUUGCGUAUUGGACAAUAUGUUGAGAUUGAAGGCAGUAUAUCUACCGAUGUGGAAACGAAUCACUUGGAAGAAAAUAAGUUGUUCGAUUCAAGUGUCAAAUGA